AUGACCGACCACGACGCCUGGGCAGUCCCCGCAGACCAGCUCGACUUGCCCUUCAGCAUCCUCGACACGGACCUGUACAAGCUCACAAUGCAGAACGCCGUGCUCAAGCACUUUCCCGACGCCCACGCCGUUAUCAAGUUUACGAACCGCGCGCCGGGGAUGCGGUUUAGUAGAGAGUGCUUUGACUGGAUCCAAACGAGAGUUAAUCACCUCGGAACCCUCCGCCUCACCACCGAAGAACGCCGCCGCCUAGCCUCGGCAUGCCCCUACUUCCCCACGUCCUACCUCGAUUUCCUAGCGUCCACCACUCUCCACCCUCAGGAACAGGUCAAGCUCUCCUUCCAUGAAGGCGAGGACGGAAACGGCGAAAUCAGCGUCCACAUCCAAGGCCUGUGGCGCGAGUGUAUCCUUUACGAGGUGCCCAUCAUGGCGAUCAUCUCGGAAGGAUACUUCAAGUUUGUCGAUACGGAUUGGAGUGCCGAGGGCCAGUUCGACCUGGCAAUGGAGAAAGCGCGCACCCUCCUCGCAAACAACAUUGUCUUCUCCGAGUUUGGGACCCGCCGCCGCCGCUCGUUCGCCGUACAUGAUGAGGUCAUGCGCGGUCUCGUCGCCGGUGCGGCCGAGCAUAAUGGUGGAGGAGCACUGAGUGGAACAAGCAACGUUUACCUCGCCCUCAAGUACGGUAUUCCGCCAAGUGGGACGAUUGCGCACGAGUGGAUCAUGGCCAUCGGCGCGACGGGCGGUUAUGAGCACGCAAACGCUCGCGCCAUGGACAUGUGGACCGACGUCUACCCCCCGUCUCCCGGUGGACCGCCGCUCAUCAUGCUCACAGACACGUAUACUGCCGCCGUGUUCUUUGCCGACUUUGUGGCGGAUCCCCAGAGGGCUAAGAAGUGGAAUGCGUUGAGGCAGGACUCUGGCGACCCGUUCGAGUUUGUGCGUCAUGCCAAGGCCGCAUGGGAGGAGGUGCAUCGUCUCACUGGCGCGUCUGGGGGUGCGUUAGAGGGCAAGCGCGUCGUGUUUAGCGACAGCUUGGACGUGCAGCGCGCUAUCGAUUUACAGCGCGGGUGUGACGAGAUUGGGCUCGCGGCGGCCUUUGGUAUCGGGACACACUUUACCAACGAUUUCCGCAAGACUUCGAAUCCCGCCUUGCCGAGUAAGGCACUCAACAUGGUUAUCAAGCUCAGCGUGAUUGACGGGCGCGAUUGCGUCAAGCUGUCCGACGACAAGGGCAAGCACACGGGUGUUCCCGCCGAGGUGGAGCGCGCACAGCGUGCGCUGGGGCUGAUCUAG